CGCCACCGGAAGCGGUACACACGUGCUGUCUUGAAGAGUUGAAGGUUAAAGAAGAAGCAGCGGUCCGGUUUCUUGUCGGCUAUCCGCUGGAGAGGGUCAGGACGGCGCGUUUGCAGUCAGAGCCGGGUGUAAGCAACACUGAAGCGGAGACAUGGAUCCCAUGAAGGCACAGCAGCUGGCGGCGGAGCUGGAGGUGGAAAUGAUGGCGGACAUGUACAACCGAAUGACCAACGCCUGCCACAGGAAGUGUGUACCGCCACAUUACAAGGAGGCUGAGCUGACAAAGGGCGAGUCGGUGUGCCUGGACCGCUGCGUGGCCAAAUACCUGGACCUUCACGAGAGGCUGGGACGCAAGCUGACAGAGCUCUCCGUCCAGGAUGAGGAAGUGAUGAGGAAGGCAGCUGUAGGGAGCGGAUAGAGACGCUGAUGAAGGGAACGAAGUGGAGCAUUGUCGGGGAUUACACGGUUAUGGGGCGGGGUCGGCAUGUCUGGUUUCUCUAAAAUGAGAGACUUGUAUUUUAAUGAGCGGGUGGGUUUUGUUGGGGAAAAUAAAAAGUUGAGUUAAUGCUGUUGAGGGUCCACUGAGGGACACUGCUUCCUCCGCUGCAGCAGAGGAUGAGACGUAGGACAGGGCUGGAGGGAUCACCAGAGCACCUGGUGGAAGGACAACGCGAGGACAACUUCCAGCCUCUCCGGAUGUGCCAGAUUAUUUUUUUCCCCCCGUCAGCUUGGCCUGGUCCUCAAGAAGUCACCUGAAACUCGACUGGAAACGGACAUCUAAUAUUAUUUUAAAGUCAAACUGUGUGAUUGUUUUCAGCUGCUUGGAGUGCAAGAACGAAAGAAAUACUUUAAAGCGCCAUGGUUCCAACCGUCUGGUACUUUGGGGCAGGUUAAAACAAACACUAAGAAUGAUUUGCAUUUAGUCUUUGCUCCCUUUUGAUUUGUUGGGGAUUUUUUUUAAAGGAUAAUAUCAAUAAAACCUUGAAAUACAGUCAAUCAAAUGUAUCAGGGUAUGCACUGAAUUAUGUAUAGCAGUAUUAUACAGGAUACUAUGCAUAGUUUACUCUUUUUCAGCCCUGGACGAUGCCGUGGUGGCUUCUGUCUGUAACAGCUCGCAUACAGACUGCCCGCCAGGCCACUCUGGUUACAUGAUGGACCUGUGUUGAAGAUGGACUGAACUUUGCUCAUUUGUCGUGUGUGUGCAGACUGUUGUGCAGUAUGUCAGUGGACCAUGUUUUUUUUUUUGACUGUGAAACUUUUUUCUUUCCUGUGCUAACCACUGUGUCAGUGACGCAGCUUUUUAUCUGCAUAUUGGAGAAGCUGCACAGUGUUUCAUUGUUAUAAAUCACUCUAAUAAAACAUCCUUAUUUUAACAUCA